UAACUCAAAAAAUCAUGAACUUUGCCCCCAUUUUCAAUUUUAUCACAAGCUAUUUUUUUAUGGCAAAUAAAAGCACACACUAUUAUUUGCAUAUCUAUCAUCUGUCAGUAAUUCCAUCCAAUUUGUUGGCGUGGCUAACCAUUUAUGGUAACAUGACAAACAGAUAGAUUAAAAAACAUAAACAAUAAACUAAAAAAAUAAAAAAAGAAUUCAUGGACACGGUGGUGGGGCAUCUCCAAUGGCCCUUACAGCAAAGGUCACUAAUGGGGUCAGAGCCGCCGGCAACCUCUGUUGGGGGUGGGUGGUUGGAGGGGACUCCCCUACUCCCCCAAUUUGGGGUAUCGCAGUGCCAUACCUUACUGAAAUCCUCAAAAUCGAGGGUGGGGACAUUCCUACUGGGCCCGCCCCCAUUUGGGAAUUUUGUCAGCAGGGUUCUCCUAAAUUGAGGUACUGGGGGCAUACCAUCUGCCGAUGACCUCGAUCGGUGGUUGAGUGGUCGGCGAGGAUGCCUCCACCUUCGAAUUUGGCCAAAUUGGGCUGGUGGGGGCAUCCCUUCCAGCCACCCAUCCAUCGAUUUCGGGGGAUCUCAAUGGGAAUUUGGGGGAUCUCAGUGAGGUCUCCUGCACUAAGAUCCCUUGAAACCGCCAAGUUUGAUCUUCAUUAAUAGAACUUCGAUUUACCUCCUAUUCUCAUAUUCUUUCACCGGAUCAUAAACAUUUAUCGAGUUUGAUCUUCAUUAGUGGAACUUCAAUUUGCCUCCUAUUGUCAUAUUCUUUUACCAAAUCAUAGACCUUCCUCUUCCUCAUAAACGGGAAAAAGAAAAAAUUAAGUCUGACUUACAAAAUUACCCUCUUAUUUUUUAUUCCUUAGGCAUGCCAAAUAUGGGAUUUCUCUUCCUGGGGGAGCGCCAGGUAGAGGAAACCUUGGUUGUAUAUGGCCAGCUGCAAUUGUGCAUUUCAUUGGCCAAAAUAGGCCAAAAUAAAAGUAUACAAUCACCCAAAAAGAAUUUAUACAUAAAUAUACAAAAACCAGAUCUAUUCUGGCGCACCCGACCACCUACGACCAAGGGCUGCCUUUAAGCCCAAAAUUAACCAUCAAAAAAACGAAAAAUUAAAACCAAAACAAAAGACAGAGCCAAACCAAUUAAUUGCUUCUCCUCUCUCUCUAGCGAUCCUUGAAACAAACGAGAGAGGUGGAGGUUAAUUGGUUAAUCAAUCAAUCAAUCAACCCUUUUGACUCAUUUCAUCCUUUUCUUCCUCCCUUCUUUCAAACUCUGAUCUCUCUCUCUCUCUCUCUCUCUCUCUCUUAUUUCGUUAUUAACGUCCGAUUACAUACAUAUUAGAUUAGAUUAUGAGGCGACUGUGUCCGAACAUUGACCGGGAGGAUGGCCUGGAGACAGUGUUGGAGGUGCCGAUACCAGAGGAGAUGUUUGCAAGCAUGGGCAGCAACGUCGGCCUGCGGAUGCAGAACAUGCUCACGUGGAUGAAGGCCCAGACGUCCGAUAAGUGGUCCUCCCCGAUCAUAGCCGCCCGUUUCAACGAGCUCCGUUUCCUCCUCUACCUAGUGGGGUCCCCUCUCAUCCCCCUCCAGGUCCAGGUCGUCAACCCGAUCCAACGUCCCAUCCGCGACUGCUCCAUCGAAGCUUCGACAGCGAAAUACAUAGUACAACAGUACACCGCGGCCAUAGGAGGGCAACAAGCCAUGAACUCGGUGAACAGCAUGUGUGUGACCGGACAGGUUAAAAUCAACGCCUCAGACUUCCACCAAGGUGAAGAGAGCAUCGACGGUAAGAGCACCCAAGAAGUGGGCGGGUUCUUGCUCUUGCAAAAGAACCCCGAUCUCUGGAGCCUCGAGAUUGUAGUUUCCGGGUGCAAGGUCAUCUGUGGAAGUAACGGCAAGCUCUCGUGGCGUCACUCCUCGAACCAACAGACGCCCAUCUCAACAGGCCCCCCGAGGCCCCUCCGUAGGUUCUUGCAGGGACUGGACCCAAGAUCGACUGCGAACUUGUUUCUUGAUGCAAUGUGCAUCGGGGAGAAGAUCAUAAACGACGAGGAUUGCUUUAUCCUGAAACUCGAGACUGGGCCAGCAGCAAGGGAGGCCCAGAGUGGCCCCAACUACGAGAUCAUCCACCACACGAUCUGGGGCUACUUUAGUCAGCGGUCAGGGCUCCUGAUCCAGUUCGAGGACUCGAGACUCCUGAGGAUGAAGACCAAGGGGGACGAAGACGUGUUUUGGGAGACAAGCACCGAAUCAGUGAUGGAUGAAUACAAGUACGUGGACGGCGUGAAUGUGGCUCACCGGGGUAGGACGACCGUCACAGUGUUCAGGUAUGGGGAGCAGUCGGCCAACCACAAGAGGGAGAUCCAAGAGCUUUGGAAGCUCGAAGACGUCGACUUUAAUGUCUGGGGGCUGACAGCGGAGGAUUUCCUGCCUCCGAAGGAGCUCCGCAAAGGGCAGCAGUUUUGUUGAGGAAGUUAAAUGAUUUAGGAGGGUCCUUUUACAUCAUUUUGGGUAUGUAAGUUGCUUUCUUCUUAAUCUUCUCUCAUCCCCUCCACCCUUCAUCGUUACAAAUUUUGAAGCCAAAGCAAAUGUAAAUAUUAGGAAGUAAAGCCCUUUUUGAUAUACCAAAGUGUUGUAACAAUAUUAUUUUUUUAAUUUACUUCAUUGAGAUUUAA